AAAGAGUCGCUGUUAUGAAAAUGAAAAUGAAAAACCUCUGUCAAAUGUCAGAUUUUAUAUUCAUUUCGCUCUAAAUAAUGUACUUUGAGUUUUGCUUUGUCAGCAGAAAAAUGGUUCCCUUUAAUAACUUAUUUCGCAAAUCAAUAUUGUUAUUAGUCUUGUUCCUGCAAAGAGUUUCAUAGUGCAAGGAUAUUUGAAGAGUUACACUUGAGCUCUAACAUGGCUCAGCAGGUACCAUUUGAAGACGAAUGGAAAGACAUGCGUCAGCGAUUCCGGAAGGAGGGUCUUGAUUAUGAAAGUUUGCGGCCUGAUGACAGACUUCUGCAAGUCUGGAGAUGGCUUGUUGACGCUGAAACUAAUCUACGAAAUUCAAGACGCAUGCUGGACAAACUCCAUGAACAGCAGCAUGAAGAGAUUGAGGAAAUGGAAAAUUAUGUUGGACAUUUAAGAGAAUUAGCGGAGAAGAGAGCAGAUCACCUGGAAAGAGAAAGAAUAGAAUUAAAAUGUCAAUCGGAGUGUUUAAUAAAGCUGUUAGCUCGCUUUGAGUUUCAAGGAUCCCUAGAAAAUCAGGUUUCUAGCCUAAUAGAAGAUAGGACCAAACUAGCGGAAGAGAUUGAAAUCUUGAAAACUUUGAAGUUCUCGUGCGGGGAUAAUGGGGUGAAUGUUGACGAUAACAUGCUAUCUGAGAUUAUCAAGGUAUCUUCUGAAAAAGAAGUUUUACGAAGGCAAGUCGCUGAGAUGACUGAUCGAGUGGAAUUAUUGGAGAAAUCUUCAAGGCAAAUAGAACUUGAUAACGAGCGAUUGGCGUUCAAGGUAUUGAACACUCAUUAUAAUUUAUACUUUUGACCUUUAUUUUGUUUUUCACCUGUAAAAUAAUAUUUUUACAAUAUUGUAUUGGGAACUCUUUGAAUCACCCAGUUAGGUUCUCGAUCUAUACUGCUUUUGUUACAAAAGGUUUUAAUAGACUGAAGUUGUGAACAUUUUCAGUACCUUAUAAUUUGAUAGUGGGCUAAUUUGUACGCGUAUUAUAGCAGUAGCAGAAACCCUUCACAUUUUUUUGUUCAAUUUUCAUGAAUAAAUAAGAAAUUAAUUGCAU